AUGAAAUUGUCAUCCUUUCUUUUAGGUCUUUUCGGACUCUUGACUGUCACAUCCGCCUUGUAUUUGAACCCAACGAAGCCUUCUGAAGAUGACUUCUACAAGGUUCCUCCGAACGUCGAAGACUAUGCUGAAGGUGAUAUCAUAAAUUGGCGUCCGGCUCCACUGGUAAUACGAUCUAUCUACUACCCCGUUAACAUAAAGAAUGCCUGGCAAUUUCUUGUCCGUACGCUGAACUCUGAUGGAAAUGCGACUGCCUUUGUCACUACUGUUUUUGAGCCAUAUGAUGCUGACCCUUCCAAAUUGUUGUCGUAUCAAUUCGCUGAAGAUUCAGCCUCCCCUAAUUGUGCUCCCUCGUACAGUGUAUUAUUCGGUGCUUCCAUGGACACUCUUUUUGCACAAGUUGAGAUGAUUCUCUUGGGCGCAGCGUUAUCCCGUGGAUGGUAUGUAGUCGCUCCAGACUAUGAGGGACCUAAUGCCGUAUUCUGUGCUGGAAGACAAGCUGGUCGUGCAACAUUGGACUCCAUUAGGGCUGCUUUGCAAUCGCAGAACACAACAGGCAUUGAUACUGAUGCGAAGGUCGCCCUUUGGGGAUACUCUGGUGGAACUAUCGCUUCCGGUUGGGCAGCGCAGUUGCAGCCAAAAUACGCACCGGAACUCGAAGAAAACUUGAUCGGUGUUGCUAUUGGAGGAUGGAGUACAAACAUUACAGAGACAGUUUUGGCAACUGACGGAACACUCUAUUCCGGUUUGAUUCCCAAUGGAAUCAAUGGUCUUGUGCAAGAGUUCACAGAAUGGAAACCAGCAUUAGAUGACGCUUUGGAAGAUGACAGAAAAGAAUGGUUUUAUGAAGCGGCUGACAAGUGCCUUAUGGGCUCAAUUAUAAAGUUUGCAUUUCACAACUAUUUCUCAGGUAGCCAUCCAUAUUUCAAACAAGGGUGGGACUUUUUCAAGAGAGAUGACGUUAAUCAAAUUAUUCUUUACAACACAUUGGGAUUGAAUGAGACUGAUGGAAUUCCGAAUGUUCCCAUGUUUUUGUUUCAUGCUGUACAUGAUGAAAUUUGUCCGUUCAGCGGAGGAGAGAGAGUCUACAAUAACUACUGUAAAUGGGGGAUCGAGUCAUUCGAGUUUUCAGCGGCCACUUCAUCGGGGCACCUCCUUGAGGCUGCAGAAGGAAGUGGUGCUGCUCUUAAAUGGCUUGAAGAUCGUUUUGCUGGAAAACCAACUGUCAAGGGUUGCCAAAGAACAAACAGAACGUCCAAUUUAGAUUAUCCUGGUGCCGAUUUGUCUUACUAUCAAAUAUUGAAGACAGUAAUAACCUCGAUUCCGGGAGGUGAGAUUGGUCAAUCGUUCCCAAGGAAUGCCACAACUUCAAACAGGUACGAUUCGACCUACGAGUGGCUCUCCAAAUUUAUUACAAGCUUCGGAACCAUUCCUUUGUAA